AUGGCGGUAGCGGCAGCGGCUGUGGCUGCGCCGGCUGGUGGGGGAGGCGGCCGGGCGCAGCGGAGCGGACUGCUGGAAGUUUUAGUGCGGGAUCGCUGGCAUAAAGUUCUGGUGAACUUGAGCGAGGACGCCCUGGUGUUGAGCUGCGAGGAGGGCGCUGCGGCGUACAACGGCAUAGGGACUGCCACCAAUGGCUCGUUCUUCAGGGGCUCCGGGACCGGGCACCCGGGCACCGGUGUCGCUCAGCCCCCGGAUUCUCCCGCUGGGGUCCGCACUGCCUUCACCGACCUCCCCGAGCAGGUGCCUGAGUCCAUCUCCAACCAGAAGAGGGGCGUGAAGGUGCUGAAGCAGGAGCUGGGCGGGCUGGGCAUCAGCAUCAAGGGAGGCAAGGAAAACAAGAUGCCCAUACUCAUCAGCAAGAUCUUCAAGGGGCUGGCGGCGGAUCAGACCCAAGCCCUGUAUGUGGGCGAUGCCAUCCUGUCGGUGAACGGAGCGGACCUGCGGGACGCCACCCACGACGAGGCAGUGCAGGCGCUGAAGCGCGCAGGCAAGGAAGUGCUGCUGGAAGUGAAGUACAUGAGAGAAGCUACACCUUAUGUGAAGAAAGGAUCCCCUGUGUCUGAGAUUGGUUGGGAAACACCUCCACCUGAGUCCCCUAGAUUAGGGGGUGGCUCUGCAGACCCUCUGUCAUCUCAGUCCUUCUCCUUCCAUAGAGACCGGAAAAGCAUCCCCCUCAAGAUGUGUUAUGUCACCCGGAGCAUGACCUUGGCUGACCCUGAAAACAGGCAGCUUGAAAUUCACUCGCCGGAUGCUAAGCACACUGUGAUCCUGAGGAGUAAGGACUCAGCCACUGCCCAAGCCUGGUUCAGUGCCAUCCAUUCCAAUGUUAGCGACUUGCUGACCCGAGUGAUUGCUGACGUCAGAGAGCAGCUGGGGAAGACAGGCAUUGCUGGCAGCCGCGAGAUCAGACAUCUUGGCUGGCUUGCAGAAAAGGUGCCAGGAGAGAGUGAGAAACAGUGGAAACCAGCCCUCGUUGUUCUGACUGAGAAAGACCUUUUAAUCUAUGACAGCAUGCCACGGAGGAAGGAGGCCUGGUUCAGUCCAGUGCAUUCAUAUCCACUUCUUGCCACCAGGCUGGUCCAUUCAGGUCCAGGGAAAGGCUCGCCCCAGGCUGCUAUGGAUCUGUCCUUUGCCACUCGAACUGGUACCAAGCAAGGAAUUGAAACACAUCUCUUCAGGGCUGAGAUCAGCAGGGACCUCUCCCACUGGACAAGGAGCAUCGUGCAGGGGUGCCACAAUUCAGCUGAGCUCAUUGUGGAAAUCACCACUGCCUGCACCUACAGAAACCAGGAAUGCCGUUUGACCAUACAUUAUGACAACGGAUUUUCUAUUUCCACUGAGCCUCAGGAGGGUGCCUUUCCCAAGACAAUCAUACAGUCCCCUUAUGAGAAGCUCAAAAUGUCUUCGGAUGAUGGAAUCAGGAUGCUUUAUCUAGACUUUGGAGGCAAAGAAGGCGAGAUUCAACUGGACCUUCACUCCUGCCCCAAGCCGAUUGUUUUCAUCAUCCAUUCCUUUCUGUCUGCUAAGAUUACACGACUGGGCUUGGUGGCCUGAACAGAGAGGCGACUUGCCUUAGGAAAGGAAGCCUGCAGUGUCACAGGAGUGUGACAUCAGGCAGUGCACCGGAUGUAGCAUGCACAGCCAGCUUCAGGUCUCAGGAGUCACAUGUAGCAUCUCAGGCUCCUCUGUCAGUUUCAGGAGCAACAAGGGACACCCUAAAGAAAAAUGCCACAGAGAUAUCAGAAUAAAACUUCAUAGAACAGAACAAGGUUAAAGAGGUGAGGGCAGAUGAAUAUACACAGCAUAUCUUUGAAAUGAUGACAACCAAGGCCACAGCCAUUACAACAGCAUGUGGAGAUCUUAAUCACACCAGUUUCUAGGCAACUGGUUCACCCAGGGAAGCCAGAACAGAGCAGAUGAGAAAUGGAUAGUUUCACCUAGUCCUCUGUCCCUGGCUAAAAAUGAUCCCUUGCUUCCUUGUGAUCUAGUUCCUGAUUCAAGUUGAGCUAACUUUCAGUGUUAAGCAAAACAACACCACCUACACCCAGCUUUCUAGUAUAUGUGUUGCCAAAGCGAGCACUAAUACCUGCCUUUUAUUUAAGAAUGAAGCCGUUGUCACUUAAUUUCCUUAAUGAGUUUCCUUUCAGCUGGUAUAGAGUGAUUCCAAAGUGUUCUCAUUAGCAUAGCUGAACAGAAAUGAAAUAAAGCGUUGGACACUGACCUGAGCUUUAAGCUGGCGGAAUCUGAGCCAAAGUGGACUGUUUGAAUUACAAAGCUAUCCUGAAGAGUCGUUCACACAAAUGAUGAUUAAUUCCGCAGCUACACUUAUACCCAUGGAUGCUGUCUCAUAGCCAAAACUGUUACCCUUAUUUACAGAAAUGAAAUUCUGGGCAAAUUUUAAAAAGAUUGUCAUUACACACACACACACACACACACACACAGAGAGAGAGAGAGAGAGAGAGAGAGAGAGAGAGAGAGAGAGAUACAUACACACCACUGGUCACAUAAUUGGGGGGUUAAUGGCAUUUCACAGUGUUCAUGGAAGUGCCUCCGAGUGGUCCUUGUUUCUGCCUAUUCUCACAUGCAUGCAUUUUAAGUAAUGGAAACCAUUUCUCAGUUCUUGAUGAUGCUGUUUCAGACAUACAGAACCAGAGGUAUAGUCAAAUCUACAGAUAACAUCUACAUUAAUUUUGAAAUUCCGGAGGAAUGAUAUAAUGACCUGAUAUUUUUCUACAAGAAUAUUUUGAGUCAGUAUUUAGCCUCUUAAUACUUAUUGGUUUUGGUGUUUUUGCCUUUCAAGAUUCACUCACUAAAAACUACACCCAUUAUUUGAUUUUGGAGUUACUUUUCAGAAGCCCUGAAAAAUAUCCCUAGAAUUUAUGAAUUUUUAGUAUUUAUUUUCCAUGUAGUUUUACAUUAGCACCUGCUCUGUAUUCUGCCUAUAUGUUGAAGAGUCCUAGUUUAGCAGAUACUUAUACAAAGUGAAACUGCCUAAAGGCCCAUGACUAAGCUUCCUUAGAUUUGUGUGUUUAUAGCGCUGCAGUUGCAUUUUAAACUAUCAUUUCCCCAAAGCACUUCCCAUACAACAUCAUUUCCAAGGGACACUGAAUAUAGUGUUCUCACAUUGAGGGUGUGAUAUAGGAGCUUGAUGAUUAAAAAAUUAUUUGCUAAGCGCAACUCAAGACUUGUAAGACCCUUGUUGGGAUUACUAGCCUCCUCAAAAAUUCUGGUCUUCAUGGGUCACAAUCUUCAAGGUAGAGUUGAGGACUCUGUGUCUUGCACUUCUUUGUAAUGGGGUGUCUGUGAAGCUAAUGUUUUUUUUUGUUUUGUUUUGUUUUGUUUUUUAUAGACAAAGCUUUAGGAAACACUGCCAUAGGACAUUAACCUUUGGUUGGUUUCCUAUUUUAGAAUGUUGAAGAGUAGAGGCCAGCUUCAGUACUGGGAGAAAGCAUUGAUACAUUUGUAAAUUGUAUUGUACUCUUUCUCACUAUAUAUUUUCAGAAAUCACUGGAAUGUUGUUAUACAAGAGAAUUAUACUUAUGUAUUGUAAAUAACAUGAUACAUAUAUUAAUUCCAAUAGUUUAAUUCAACAAUAUGUAAUCUAAGGUGCUCGGUACUACAUGAAGUUUGAGUUAAUUAUUCAAGUUGCAAAGAUUCUAUUAUAUAUUUAUAGACAAAUUAAAAUGACCAUAAUGACAGAAUAUAUUGUUUCUUUAUUGCUUAAGUUUUAGACUGAUUAAUAUCUGGGUAAGAGUCAACAAAAAGUGUCUUUUCCAUUUUUAAAAUUUUAAUUUAAAUAUUUAUAUUUUAGCAAAAAUAUAUUUGAAUAAAAUCAAUGCAUUUUCUGAAGUAAAUUAAAAUGUGUUAUUAGCAAGAAAUAGAAAACUUUAUGAAGAGAAUUGUGUAUAUGAAUGAUUUUUUUCUCCUAAUUAAAGUAUACCAUAUCAGAGUGAGUACGAUGAGUCAAUUUCAAAUAUUCACUUUUAUUUCUCAGCUUGGAUUUUAAACAUGAUAUUUAAAUAAUGGCUUUACAACUUAUUUUUCAUCUUGUCUUAGGUGUUAGUGGAUGACUAAACUAAGUCUGCCUCAUGUCUUGGUCAAUGAACCAGUUUAGUCAUUUGGGAGAAACUGACUUUUCAAAUUUGCUUUGUUCUUAGUUCUGUGAAUUACAGAACCCAUAAUGCUUGUCCCUAAAUGAAAACCAGAACAGACGAACAAUCUUUGCUUGGUAGAUUCUUCCUCAUUUGCCAGAAGGAUAAAUUCAUUAGUCUGGGGAAUACAUCCCUGCUACUCACCUUAUAGGCAUUUAAAGAAGGCCAGAGGAAUAGAGAUGAUGUCAUCAUUUUUUCCUGACAUGAGCUAAAUAGUAGAAAUCAAACUAUACAAUUAUUAUGAACUACCCAGAUAGAAGUAUUUAAUAAGUGGCAUGAAUGAGGCACGGAAGUGAUUUGUGGGUGUCUUUUGAAUUGUUUUUUUUAAUCUGCCUGUGUUUAUAGUCCCCAUGAAUGUCAUAUACAAUGUACAUAUAAACUAAAUAAAUAUUUGCCUCAGA